AUGUCUUCAUGGAAGGACGCGGAAACUAAACCAGAACCUGCGAAAGAAGCGGCCCCAAAACUGCCCCCGGGCCAGGGUCUGCAAGAAGGCGUGCCUAAGACCGAAGAUGCAGUAUUGUACAAGCCGCACCAUAGUGCCAAAGAGUUCAGCCGAAUCAACACUCACAAAAACGAAAACCUCACGGAAAACGUGCUAGUGCCUGACUGGCAAACAUGCCUCAGGUUGCAGCAGCACACGGGCCAUGCGUCCACGUCCCUGCACCUUCAUGGAGGCACCGGGUUUAGUGCCGCACACGCUUUUGACAUUCGACACUGGAAAUGGUAUUUGAGUAGCAUCUCGUCUCGCUUGGGGCUCACGUUGCCAACAAGCCACAAGACCCGCCCGCAUAGUGGGGGCAGCUCCAGCUCAACUGGCGACUCUGAAUCUGAUCUGGGAGGCGAGCUCCGCUUUCUGCAAGAACAAACAUACCAGCUCUACGGAAAGUCCUUGUCUCGUCUCCCGUCUCACAAACGAGCGUGCCUACCGAACCAUAGCAAGUACUUCACGGGCCCGCAGCAGGAUCUGCAGGCGACCAGCACCAAAAGGCGAAAGACUCAACUUGAUGGGGACGCCGAAGGUGAAAAUCCUGUUACCAUCACCAACGAUGACGACGGAAAUCUACUGAUUAACGACAGCAAGCCCGUUGGUCCCAAAUACGCGGCCAGCAUUUUGCCCCGCAAAUUCGGACCGCUUCGCAAGAUAAGUAAAAUCUUGAUCAUUGGUGUGCAUGGGUUCUUCCCGACCAGAAUGAUCCGCCCUUUAAUUGGGGCGCCCAAAGGCACCUCGUCCAAGUUUGCCAACGAGGCAGAAAAGGCUGUGAUUAGAUACCUUGUGGAGAAUGAUAUGAUGGGCGACAAGGACAACCGAGACGUGAGCAUACAGAAAAUAGCUUUGGAGAAGGAGGGCAAGAUUUUUGACCGGGUGGAGUUUUUCUUGCAGAUCCUUACCAAAUGGGAAGACGAGUUGAACGAGGCCGAUUUUGUCUUUAUAGCAGCGCACUCGCAAGGAUGCGUGGUGUCCAUCAUCUUGCUUGCCCGGCUCAUCAAAAUGGGCAUACUCAAGCACGCAAGCUACAUGCGCAUCGGGGUGCUUGGCAUGGCGGGCGUCAACAACGGGCCGUUCUACGGCACCGACAAGUCUCUUUUCAUGAAGGCUUACUCGGCCAUUGAACACGAGUCCAUGAUUGAACUUUUCGAGCUCACGAAGUUUGACAGCCCCCAGUCGCUUGCUUAUAAAGACGCCAUGCAGACAAUCGUCAGCACGAACGUCAAGAUCUGUCUUGUUGGAUCGAUCAACGACCAGUUGGUUCCGCUCUACUCCGCAUUGGCAUCCCAUGUCUACCAUCCCAACAUCUACCGGGCAUGCUACAUAGAUAGCUCGGCAAAGACGCCAGCCUUCAUCAAGACGUUGAUCUCGAUCUGCUGCCAGUUGCAAAACAUGGGGUAUUUUGAUAACAACGUCAUCAAGGAAAUCAGCUCAAUCUUAGCGGGACCGCUCACUGGAGGGGGUCAUUCGAAGAUUUACAACGACGGAAAAGUGUACGACUUGGGAGUCAAGUUCAUGCUCGACACAGACGAUUUGGUCAUACCCCAUCAAGCAGACUCGACCGAGAAGCCCGGUGCUUACGACUCGCACGUGGACGUGCCCUACACGAACCGAGUUUUUGUGAGGGAAUACAAUGUAGGCAAGAUAGGCACGAACCCGUUCAUCUUGCCCUGGUGUUUAAGAGGACUCAUCUUCAAUAUCCAGAAAAAUUGGGGAGCUGGCGAGUCUCAAAGAACAGCACAUGGUAAAGGGCACAAGACAGCAGUGGAGGAAGUCAGCGAGCUCUACGCGCUGUUUGACGAGUGGAGACCGGAAACCAAGCCAUUGAAGGACUUGAAGUUCCGUCUUAGUGGGAUUCGAGCUAGCAAGCUCUGA